UCAGGGACCAUUUUAGUUCAGACAUUUCACCACUAGAUGUUUGAAGCGUUGCUGCGUCACUUCUCUACUAUCAUUUUGUACAGAAAGUGAAGCUUUGGAAAGAUUCACAGGAAUCAGUAAAAUAAAGUACAGCAGUUAAUGUACUCAAUGGACAGCUACAUGCCUUGCAUACUUACUGGAUUCAUAUUCUACGGAUUUGGUUUGAAAUGGUGCUACGAUUAUGCCAAGUACUGGGUUUCCUUGAGACCCAGGGAUGAUUCAAAUGCUACAAAGGGGAUGAAGUUCAUGGAGAAAUGUGAGAAAUUAGUACACAAUCACCCAAUUGAGGGUAGCUUAAAGCUAAUAGCAACUGCUAUUGGUCUAGCUGGAACAAUAACCGGUGGAAUGCCGCAAGUUGGAAGUGUAUCUCCAAAAGUUGUAUUGGCUACAAUUUAUCUCUUUUUUGCAUUUUCCGGUCUUGUUGAUGUUUUAAAUUUUUACUUUCCUCACAAUGUGAGCGAAGGAUUAGUUAAAAUGGCAUUGGCACAGAGCUUUUUUAUAGAGGGAUUCUUUUUCCUCUGGGAUAGUCUGGGUAACAAUACAAUAGUUAAUUUAGUAUUAACUUCCAUAGUAUGGACAACAUCUGUAGCCAUUAUCUUGGAACUUGUGUGGCCAGAAUUGAAACUUUUAAGAGCUUGUACAACAUUAAUUCACGGUAGUUGGAUAGCACACAUGAUACGUGUGUUCCCUUCAAUUCCAAUGUUACCAGAAGGUGUUGCUCUUAUAUUUUCAUGGCAUGUUGCUGCUGCAUCAGCAAUAACACUGUGCGUGGUAGUUAUAACAAGAAGCUGUGCACCCAGAAUCAUAAUGGAUGCACCACCAGAGAUACCUAUAUACGAUUAUUGUCAAGAACCAGAUCAGAGAAUGUAAGCAUUUCUCGAGAAAGUAUCAAAAGCAAUUCACUUUGUGCAUAUAUAACAUUUACCCCUUAUGCGCAAAGGAACAGCCUUUAGAGAAACAUAUUACUGGUAGUGUAGUGCCAAAUAAUCAAAAUGCACAAACCAAAUUUAACUGUUACACUGUAUCAGUAUUUUUUGACCUAAUAUUUGUAACGAUAUUUCAUUUUAUAAUACAACGAAGGACUAUUUUAUACAACCCUAAUUAUACAAAAUACCAUAGCAUAAGCAAUUUUGUAAUACCCUGAUAUUGUAGGUGAAAUACUCAUUAGGAAUUAAGAGGUGCCUUAUAUUAUUGCUCACUAAUUUAUUAAUAGAAUGUUCAUCUUUUGUAAUAAGUUUUUCUACUUCAUCCACAACUAUGUGCCAAAAUAGUUCACACAAUCAUACAUUGUAUAUAUAUAUCAUUUUAAUAAAUA